GCAAGUUAUUGGAGUAACCGGAGACAUGAGGUGAAUGGUUAUGUGAUGAAUGAGAAUGGCGAAGUGGUGCAUGAAAUAUUUGGCAAAUGGAAUGAGGGAAUCUACUGUGGCCAAUCCUCAUCAGCCAAAUGCAUAUGGAGAACAGGUUGUAUGCCUGAGGACCAUCAGCUUUUCUAUGGUAUGACAAGAUUUGCAAUUGAACUGAAUGAGCUAGAUGCUCAUACUCGCCCACUACUACCCAUCACUGAUGCUCGCUUUAGACCUGAUCAAAGUUUACUUGAGGUGGGAGAUGUGAAGGGAGCCGAAAAAGAGAAGCAGCGAGUGGAAAGUUUACAAAGGGAAAGAAGAAAACUUAGAGAAGAAUUAAAGCAAAGCUAUGAACCUAGGUUUUUUAAAAGUAUACAACAUAAUGGUAAAUAUUGCUGGGUGUUCAAAGGGGAGUAUUGGAAAUUGAGAGAUAAUCCAGGAUUUAAGGAGAUCAAGCUACAAAGUCUAUGGUAGUUUAAGAAUUCCCUUGCUAAUCCUGUAUUAAUGUAUUGCAAACUCUAAUCUUCCAGCAUAAUUUUUACAAGAGUUUUAUCAGAAAACUUGCAACAUCCACAACAUGUGUGAAAGUAACCUCAUGAUUUAAAAAAUUAUUUCUCCAGUGGCGUAGCUAGGUGAGUACGGACCCCAGUGAAAGAAUUGCCAGGCCUUUUCGUGCCAGCUCCAAUGUUUUAAAUCACAGACCAAUUUUUUAAAUUUAAAGAAUGAAAAUUUUAGGACUAGGUACAGAUUUACAUUUUCAGAAAAUUCAUCGUAAGAAGUGCCUCUUACUAGACCCUACUGCCCUUGGCUAGUACUAAUAACAAUCGAAAGCUUCGUAACAAUUUCAAGAGGGGCCUAUGCAAUCUCAGCAGCUAUUUCAGAAAUAAUUGGUGGCACUUAAAAGUAUUUGAGGGGCCUGCUAGCCCCUAAUAACCUCCAGGCCCCAUUGCUCUGCACUGCCCAUCCCUACACCACUGGAUUUUUUUGUGAAAUGUAGUAAGAUUUUAUCAGUCCUGUGUCUUAGAGUGAAAUCUUUUUAAACAGGAUGUGCAAUUUGCAAUCUUCACAUUUUUAUUGUAUAUCACACAAGUUUGAUUACUUUUUUUUUAAAUUUUGAAUCAUGUGUGAAUGGCAAUUUCAGAUUUCAAAACAAGUUUAAGUAUUAGCCAGUCAAAAAUAUACUAAUAUUAUACAGUAGGGAACUUUUGAAUUGAGUGCACAAAUUUUAUGAAAUAUGAAUUCGUUUACUGUAUUUAAAAUAAUAGUUCAAUUUAUACAUUUGUGUUUAUAAUACUCAUUUUCUAUGAAAAUAAUCUAGCCAGACAAGGUGUUUUUCUUUUUCAUAAUUUACUAUGUGUACAAGAUCUGUUAAAAGGUGAUAAUGAAUUCUUUAAAUAAUGGUGAGUUUAACAAUCAGCCAGUAAAUGUUUAUACAUUGUUUUGUUUACUUUGUUUGCCAACUAACCUAGCCAGACAAGAAAUUCAAUUUGUUUAAUAUAUUAAGAUAUGGUAUGUGUUGUGCUUAACGAAUAUACAGUGUACACGAAAAAUGAAGAGUAUGUAAUCCAAUAUUUGAAUUGCUUACUCAUUCAAGUAGCAUUCGAUUUCAAUUAGAACAAGGAAAUAUAUGUUACCAACAAAUACAAAACAUUGUUAGGCUAUAUUUGUGUAGGGAAUUAAAAUUGGCCAAGAAUCAAUUUAAAUAUUUUUUAGUAGUAAAAGUUCUGUUGAACGAAAAUGUGUUUAGAUCUGUCUCACAUUGAAAGUAAAUCAAUUAUUUAAUCAUUAAAAUGAGCUGCUAUUUAUUAUGUAUAAUCCAUAGUAUCUUUGCUAACAAGCUUUAUUGAUACUGGUGAGAAUCGAUUCUACUAAAAUUGUGCAUAUAAUCAAAGUAAUGAUAUAUACUAUAUACAGUACACACUUUUGAAAACCUCAUAAUAUUAAUAAUAGUGUAGUUUAUCAAUAAUUAUUAUAUUAUUUUUUAAGUCCCAGUGAAAAAUGAUUUCUAGCAUGUCCUAUACAAAUAUUGUUAACUGUUGUUGUCGUCAUCGACAUUGUCGCCGCCGCGGCUGCCAUAUUGAUAGUUGUUGCUUCCAAAUAGUUCCACCAUUUUAUUUAUCUAAUUUUUUUUAGUCAUGUGGAAUAGGCUGGGACAUUCAGACAACAGCGCCAUUAGAGCUCUAGUUGUGAGCUAUGAAUCAACAUGUUGAUUUCUUUUUUGUUUUUCCUGCUUAGUUUAGGACAUUUAAUAGGUUAAUUUCUAUGCUUGCAAGUUCAUGUUCCAUCUCUAGUGCCUUGGGAACUUUCUAAAGUGAAUAUGUGCACUAUAAAUCUAAUUAAUUAUUAUUUAUUAAUAUUGUUUUGUAAAGCAUUUUGACAUACCCAUUCUGUCCAGUUUUCUAUAAUUAGUUACAGUAGAAUUAUAACUAAUUUAUAGCAACAAUUUUUAAGGCAAACACAAUUCAUUUAUAAUAU